AAGAAAAAGAAGAAAAAAGUAGAUGAAAAAGGAAAAAGUUAUUUAAAAGCAUUUAAAUGAUUAAUUUUUUAUUCAAGAGAACAAGAGAUUUAGUGAGUUAAUUGACUAGACAAGAACGCGAGGUAGUAACUUUAUUAAAAAUAAUAAAAUUAAAUGAGGGUUAAUUAUUUAAAUAAUAAUUUUAAUGAAUAAGUAUACUGUAAAAUUCAAUGAACUCUUGUAAUAAAAAAUUAACUGGCGUAAUGCCAAGUUCAGAUUAUAAAUUACUUAAAUCAUUAUCGUCAUUAUGGGUAUCGUUGUACCAGCACCCUCAUCAACGAUGAUGAUAUUAAAUUCGACAAAUUAUAAUAAUAAUAAUAAUAAUAAUAAUAACAACAACAACAACAGUAACGUAAUAUUGUUUUUACCUUUGUGUAAUGACAAUAACAAUAAUAUAAUUAAAAAUAAUGAUGAUGAUAAUGUCAGCAUUAGUGUCCACAGUGAGCGAAAUAUAUAUUUUUUAUUAAAUAUGACUUCUCGAGAUGAUGGUGGUAGUGAUGAUAGUGAUAAUGAUAAUUCAAUGUUAAAUUUAACAUGUCUGGAUCACGCACCGAGUUUGACUAAUCGAGCGGUUAUAAAAGCUGUAGUACUUGGUAUUAUGGCGGGAUUUAGUUUAAUUGCCAAUGCUAUAACUAUAUACUCUAUUAUUAAAAAUCGACGAAAGCAUAAUCAAGGAUAUUCUGCUAUUUACACGCUGAUAUUACAUUUAUCUAUUGCUGAUUUAUUGGUAACGAUAUUUUGCAUUGCCGGUGAAGCAUUGUGGAGUUACACUGUUGCCUGGAUAUGGGGUAACAUCACAUGUAAAUUAUUCAAGUUCUUGCAGAUGUUUAGUUUAUAUUUGAGCACAUUUGUCUUGGUCCUUAUUGGAUUGGACAGAUUUCUUGCUGUUAAAUAUCCAAUCAAGAGUCUUAACAAAAUAGAUCGAUGCACCAAGCUUGUACUUAUUACCUGGAUUAUUUCAUUUAUUCUCAGUAUUCCUCAGCUAAUAAUAUUUCAUGUAGCACGUGGCCCUUUUAUUGAGGAGUUUUCUCAGUGCGUAACUCAUGGAUUUUACACUCACGACUGGCAGGAACAACUCUACACUACUCUAAGUCUUAUUUUUAUGUUCAUAUUACCUCUUACUGUACUUGUCGUCACUUAUGUAUCAACAGUUAAAACAAUAUCACGAAGUGAAAAAUCAUUCAAGUCUGAGGCUAAAAAUAAUAAUAAUAAUUUUAAAAAAAAUUUAAUAACCGGAGAUUUAAAUCGACGUAGACUAAUGCAUCGGGCUAAAAUAAAAUCCUUACGAAUUAGUAUCGUAAUUGUGACGGCUUUCGUUAUAUGUUGGACACCUUACUAUAUAAUGAUGAUAAUAUUUAUGUUUCUUGAUCCUGAUGAACACCUAAGCCAAGAUUUGCAAAGUGGAAUAUUUUUCUUUGGUAUGAGUAAUAGUCUUGUAAAUCCACUGAUAUACGGAGCAUUUCAUCUCUGGCCGCAGAAAAAAUCUCAUCAAAAAUUUUGUCACAGAGAGGGUUCAAUGAUACACCACCGGAGUACAACAACCCACACAAAUUUUACACUGCUGACACGGGAUUAUAGCACACGUUUUAUUCGGAAUCCCCGUGGAAUUUCUGCUUCGACAAAAACAACCAUAAAACAAUCAUCGGAUAACUUUAAUGAAAUAUCCGGUCCAAUUCAAGAGACAGUAUUGGAUACGUUAAUCAACCACCCAAAGAACAAUAAUAGUAAUAAUAACAAUGAUAUAAUAAUAUCAACAAAAAACCCAGCCAAACUGAUAGUUCAGUAUAAUACCAAUUACUUGCAAUAACUUGAACUCUAACUACGACAUAAAAAAAAAAAAUUAAUUAUGCAACUUAUAAUUAAUAAAUAAAUUUAAUUCUCAUGAAAAUUAUUUCUCUAAAUUUAUCAAAAUUGUUCAUCCAUCGAGUUCUAUAAAAUAUA